ACUGGACUUGGCUCUGACAAGCCUGCUCUCUCCUGCAGAUGAUCCUGAGAGACCUGUGUCGCUUCAUGUUUGUCUACCUUGUUUUCUUGUUCGGGUUUUCCACAGCGGUGGUGACACUGAUUGAGGAUGGGAAGAAUAACUCUGUGCCAGCUGAGUCCACAUUGCACAGGUGGCGAGGGCCAGGCUGCCGGCCUCCUGACAGCUCCUACAACAGCCUUUACUCCACAUGUCUGGAGCUUUUCAAGUUCACCAUUGGUAUGGGUGAUCUGGAGUUCACAGAGAACCUUGACUUCAAGGCUGUCUUCAUCAUCUUGUUGCUGGCCUACGUGAUUCUCACCUAUAUUCUUCUGCUGAACAUGCUCAUUGCCCUCAUGGGUGAGACUGUCAACAAGAUUGCGCAGGAGAGCAAGAACAUCUGGAAGCUACAGAGAGCUAUCACCAUCCUGGACACGGAGAAGAGCUUCCUUAAAUACAUGAGGAAGGCCUUCCACUCAGACAAGCUGUUGCAAGUGGGGUACACACCUGAUGGCAAGGAUGACUAGAGGUGGUGUUUCAGGGUGGAUGAGGUCAACUGGACCACCUGGAACACCAAUGUAGGUAUCAUCAAUGAAGACCCGGGCAACUGUGAGGGCAUCAAGCGCACCCUGAGCUUCUCCCUGUGGUCAGGCAGAGUUUCAGGAAGAAACUGGAAGAACUUUGCCCUGGUUCCCCUUUUAAGAGAUGCAAGUACAAGAGAAAGGCCCUCUGCUCAACCAGAGGAAGUUCAUCUGAGACACUUUGCAGGGUCCCUCAAGCCAGAAGAUGCUGAGGUCUUCAAGGAUCCUGUUGCUUGAGGGGAAAAGUGAGGGACCCCUCUAGGGUACUCCUAACACUGUUGGGCCUCAGAAUAUCUCACUGUGGAGGGAACAACAGGGCCCUCUCAGCAGCCUGGCUUGGCCUGUGCCUGCCCAGGCACUUUCCUCCCCUGCUCUGCACAAGCUACGGGAAGCAUUGUUGGGUGCAUGGGGAGAGCUAGUCAUCCAGCCUUACUGUCCCCAAGGGAGUCUCCCACCAGGAAAUUAUUUUGCUCUCAUAUUUUUACUAACUUUGUUAGGUAUCAUGAAUGAUGAAUCUUGUGUGGACAUAUGUGAUGCCAUUGUUUUAUUUUAUAUAAAUAGGAGUGAAUGUAAAUGAGGCCCAGGAAAACACCUCUUGGAACAAAACAAAACAUGUCCUUUGAAGUAAACUG